AAUCCGUGCUUUAUCUCCCUCUGUGCGGCUCAGUAAAAUGGCUGUAUCUCGGCGAGCCUCGUGCUGGUUUGGUCCGUUCCCUGCCUGUAGUCUGGCUCAGUAAUAGAACUCCCACAAUAUUUGUGUCGGUUUUUGCAUCUAAUGGGCUUCUGGAGUUCCUGAGCCGUUACCGUCACAUUGAAACCAGGGAUGGCUGCCGGAUCCGGUCCGGUUUAAGGUGUGGGAAUGAGUCGGGACAAAGAUAAAUGGUUAUAAACAAUUAUUUAUAUUAAAUGUUAGCGUUUGAUUGUGACUGACUCGCCGAAAGAGGGAGAGGGGGUAUCAUGGCCGCUCAGGUCGCCAGUGCCGCCACUCUCAACACUACGCCUUCAGAACUUAAAAAAUCGGAUCGAGACCCCAAAGAGGAGUCGGUACCGGUGGAGAAGCAGCAAGAAAAAAAGCAACCGGGAUUAGAGAGCGGAUCUCCGGGCCGGGGGGAUCUGCAGGACGGGGCCGAUGUUGGAAAUGCAGGGGGAGGAGGGGAACUUGAGAUGAAGAACGGGAAUGGGAACCCGCCCAGGGCUAAUAAUAAUCAGAAUGAUUCCAUCGGAUCCGAGGGGAAUAACCAUCCCGGGAUGGUACACCAUCACGGAUCCGCAUUUCCUCCACCUUCUUAUGGAUACAGUCAGCACUACGGUCGGGCCCCUUUUCAUCAACAUGGCGGACAACAAAGCCCUGGCAUGGCAGCUGCUGCAGGUCCGGCCGUGCAAUCGAGCAACAUGAUGGACCCAUAUCAGCCCAACUCGCACGACCAUGGCUUUUCGAACCACCAGUAUAACAAUUACAAUCCAUUCCCGAAUAGAACUCCUUAUCCCGGCCAAGGAUACGGCAUCAACUCUCCGCGCAGCGCCCAGCCUCCGACAGCUGGGGGACAGCCAGCAAAGCAACAACCAGCGGGAGGACCCACAUCUAUGGCUGGAUCUUACAAUAAUCAGAGAUAUAAUGUGGGGAACCCACAGCCAACAUCCACGCCAACCCUCAACCAGCUUCUAACCUCCCCAAGUUCCACGAGAGGUUAUCCAAACUACCCACCAAGCGAUUACAGUAACCAGGAGGGAGCUAGCAAGGGACCAACAGACAUGGGCAGCAGCGGUCAGUAUGGAGGGGGCAAUCCGAGUUGGCAACAAAGGACUCAUCACCCAUCGCCUAUGAGUCCUGGAAGUGCAGGGCAGCCUCUAAGUAGAAACCAGGCUCCUGGCUCCAUGGAUCCGAUGGGGAAGAUGAGAAGCCAGGCGUAUGGAGGGGGAGGCCCAUACCCCCAGCAGCCCCAGCAGGGCCCCCCUCCUGGGGCUCAGCAAGGGCCAGGCUACCCUGGCCAGGGCUACGGACCUCCGGGCCCCCAUAGAUACCCAGUGGGAAUGCAGGGCCGCACUCCUGGUGGCAUGGGAGGCAUGCAGUAUGGGCAGCAGAUGGCUUCCUAUGGACAGCAAGGACCAGGAGGGUAUGGGCCCCAGAGCCAGGGACCAUACUAUGGCUCCCAGGGCCAGGCUCCCCACCCUGGGCAGCAGCAGGCCCCCUACCCCCAGGCCCCAACCGGACAGCAGGGCGGACCAGCACCCUACGCUGGGCAGCCCCACCCAGGCCAACAGCCCCACCCAGGCCAGCAGCCCCACCCAGGCCAGCAUCCCCACCCUGGCCAGCAGCCCCACCCAGGCCAACAGCCCCACCCAGGCCAGCAGACCCAC